AUGGCACUGCCUUAUCAAGACGAUAUUGUUAAUAUUCCAAAGUCGUCAUUUACAGCAUUUAGGUUGACAUAUCAAAGUCCAAAACAUUUAUCAGAUACAUCGAAAUGUAUACUAUUGGGAAGUGUUCCCAAUUUAUAUCUACUGGAUAAUAAACUAGGAUUUUUCACUGGGGCGGCAAAUCAUGCAAAAAACAAAGUCAAGAAAAGAUUCAAGAUUGCAGUUGGAACGGUGAAUAAGAGCAUAAGAAGUAGCUCAGGGUACAGGGUAAAUAAUAACCAGGGAGAGGGACCGGAUGGAGGAUUCAAUUUGUUCUUUAGGAAUGACAAGAGAGAAAAUAUUAAUGAGAUAAUCAAUGAGAUUGCUCGUGAACAUGAAUUAGAGACAGAGGAAAUGAGAAAUUCAAACUACAAGCCUGAUGAUGAUAUGGAUAUUCCAAGUGGAAACUUUGAUACCUCUGGUGGGUCAUCAGAGUCUUCCUUGGAUUAUUAUGAUCCUGCUAAUGAGGUUUCUUCUCCUGUAAAAUCGUUUUUUUACCCAGCGAAGUUUGAUAUGAAAUCUCAAGAUGGAAAUGGUCAUUUUAGUGGAUUUAAUACUCAGAAUCUAGAAAUGGACGAUAUCAUGGAUUUACAGGUAUUAGAAAAUUCUGAUGCCAGACGAGAAUCAAUUAUUCUGGCCGAAGAAUCGACAAUUGUAUUUAAUACUCCUGUAGACGAAGAAAUCUCUAAAUUGGGGGUUACAUUUGACCCUAGUAUUACAACAAGAGCUACUUCUCGCAGGAAAAAAGUUGAGAUUGCAAUUCCAGCGCCAUAUGAAAUGAAUCCGGAGGAUUUGCUCAAAGCAGAAAAAGAGAAUCAUAGAUUUCGAAAAAAGUUCAAGCAUUUUGCAAAAGGAUCUAGAAAAGUGGCAAAAUCAAAAGGAAAUGACUUGCGGCUGAAAAUAUACAGCAAUAUAUGGAAGAGUUAUGAAGUUGGAGAGAUUAUGAGAAUGGACAAAAUGUUAGUGUUGAUAAAGCACGCUUAUCAUGUUAAUAAUGUGACCGGAUUUGGAGAGAAUGAGCCUUGCGAUUCUAGGGUUUAUGAAAGAUGGAAGGAAUAUAUCGUUGUAUUGAGGAAAGCAGAGAAUAUGGAAGCACCCUUGAUUGUUCAAUUGUAUGAUAUCAGUGCUACAACCAGCGAUACUAAGACUAAACCUGAAUUUAGCUUCAAGCUAAAUUUUCGUGUGAAAAGCCGAUUUUAUAGUGGUGUUGACAAAAGUAUAAGUUUAUGUGUUCCAAAAGAGAAUGGUGCAAUGAUAUAUAUAAUGAAACCGAGCAACCAAUUUACUUCUUUUAGAUGGCUACAUUUUGUUUCUCAAUUUAUACGUCAUAAUUUCGAUAGGUCAUUUUACGUUUCAAUUCCAGGUUUAAAAUUAUCCUUGAUGCUCAGGGUUCCAGAAUCAGAAAUAAUUAAACUGGUUCAACGAGAUAAUAUUCUUGAGGUUCGAAGGUUGCAAAAAGGGUAUAAAAUCGAAUAUAGUAACUUGAUACAGUAUUUAAAGGAAGCAGUUCUCAAGGAACUCGAGAAAAAGAAACAUAUGCCCGAAGUUGCAGACUGGUUAUUAAAAAACUUUGAUCCUUGGUUCUGUUUCAAACAAUAUGAUAGGUUGGAAUGGAUUGUUAAUAAUAGUGGUAUUUUCUUUAUUCAAAAUCAACUUUUAUCUAGGUCAUUUCAAUUGGAAUUUAGAAACAAAGCACAUCAUGAGAGAUAUACGAGGACAGAGCAAGGGAAAUUGAUGACAGAACCUGUCCCUAUAGAAGGAUUUUUAUCAAGACUCACGAAUAAUUAUGGGUCUGAAAGAUCGAUGUGGAAGACAUUCCAUAAAAUUUCAUACUUUUACAGCGCUGACGAUAUACUUUUUUUCACAAAGUUUUUCAGAGGUAUGCCCCCUUCUCCGAAUAAUGCAUUAUUGAAAGAUAAUACUGAAGGAAUACUAGACAAAUUGCCACCAGUAUAUGAACAUAAUCCAUUUCCAAUAGAUAGUAAUGAGCACAUUUCCUGGUUGAAUAAGGAUGACUUCGAACUUCACGACCAAAAUGCUAUACAAGAGUUAGAAAGAAGGGCUCAGCAAAUAAUUAAAGCGGAAGCUUUAAUUGAUAUCUGCUUGAUUGUAGAUGUUAGAGCUAUUCCAGUUCAGCGUAGUCGAAAAGCUCAAAAUUUAUUAUUAUGUCUCCUUUGGUACUCAGCUCCUGAUUUGGUUCAUGAUAACUCAAUAGUAGAUUCUUUAUUUGAAAUUGAAAUGCAGAAUGGUAGUAUUAUCAAACUCCAAGCACCAUCCAGACUUGUAAGAGACGAAUGGGUGACUAGAUUGGUAGAGCUACGUGAUUAUUGGGUAAGUAGAAGGCUUAACGAUCUAAAUAGCCUAAUUUGUACUCGACUUCAAAAUGAAAGGGAUUUAAAAAUUAAUGAGUAUGUUGAUUCGAAUAUCAUCCAAGAAAAUGAUAUAAUGGGACCGCGUAAUUCGCAUGCUGAUCCAAACAUGUAUAACAUUAAUUGUAUUGCUAUGACUAAUUGCGUGCUUAUGAGUGGCUAUUUAUACCAGAAACUCAAGAAACAUUCAAAUUUCAACCAAUACUACAUUGUACUCUGUCCAGGCUUUUUGGUGCUAUUUACGUUGUACAAAAGGUCUAAAAGGACUGGAUCGUGGAAACAGACUCCAUAUUUUCAACAUUACUUGACAAUUCCUAUAUCUGAUUGCUAUGUUUAUUCAGGUCAAACUACUGCAUUAGAUUUACUAACUGAUGAACAAGAAUUUCACGCGGGGAACCCUGGGCAUCAUUCCCUACCAAGAAUAUAUUCAGAUGGAUGGAAGUCUUCAGAAGAGGAGCCUGUGAGGUGUUUUACGUUAUGGUUUGGGAAGAAAAGAGGAUUUGUGGGGAAAGAUAGAGCUGCUGCAAAGUACAACAAUACGAAAGAAGAUGAAUCAAGGGUGUCAUGCGAAAAAAAUCCUGGUUUAAUCAGGAUGAUCAAGAAAUUAGGAGUUACUGGUAAAAGUAUUGUAUUUAUGGCCAGGUCGAGACAAGAAAGGGAAGUUUGGGUUCAAAGGAUCGCUACAGAAAUCGAUCGUUUUGCAAAAAAUGAAUAA